AAUCUAAAAAAAAAAAAAAGAGAGAAAGAGAGAAAUUAUACCAUGAGCAAUCAAGCUACUGGAACUCACUUGGGAAACACACCCCUUAAUUUGGCCAAGCUCCGAGAACUUGCACGCAGAGAUCUUCCAGAAGUGCUAGAUACUGUACGCGGCAAGAAAGGUCUGGUACUCGAUCCACAACUUACCGGACCUCUUAGUCUGAUUGCAGAGUUUACACUCUUAAAGGACCAUGGUGUAGAAAAAAUUUACCAUCUCGACACACCCACUAUGGAAACAGAAUGCAGCAGUCUUAUAUAUAUAUGUCGCCCAAAGCUCAAGUACAUGCGCUACAUUGCGAGCCAUAUUAAGCAGUUAGCCAAACAGACUGGGCAGAAGACAGAUUGCUCGUUAUUCUUUGUUCCUAGACGGACCAUGGUGUGUGAACGUGUACUAGAAGAAGAGGGUGUACUAGGUGAUAUUACACUUGGAGACUAUGCAAUGGACUGGAUCCCAUAUGAAGACGAUUUGAUUUCCAUGGAAUUGGAUCCAGGAACUUGGAAAGAAAUUUACUUGGAUGGAGAUCAAACAUCAAUCUAUUAUGCUGCUUGCGCACUAAUGAAGCUUCAGUCAAUUUAUGGCCUUUUCCCACGUAUUAUUGGUAAAGGCGACGGUGCAAAGCAAUUGACAGAUAUGUUGGUCCGUAUGCGAAAAGAACAGGCGGUUGUUGAAGAGGUGGCGAGCACGACUUCUACAAAGACUCCCUCAUUAUUAAACUCGGUUUCAAACCACAUCGACCAAUUUAUCAUUAUUGAUCGAAAUGCUGACAUAAUUACCCCUCUUUGCACUGAGCUGACUUAUGAAGGACUCAUCGAUGAGACUAUGGGUAUCAACCAUACUUUUGUCGAACUCGAUGCUGCUUUGGUCAACCCUGCUCAACCCACAACAACAAAGGCUGGGACAUCUGCUGGACCCACAACUCCUGGAGGUGCAACGGCUGGAGGUCAACCAGGAAAGAAGAAGAAAUACGUGUUGAACUCAUCAGAUAAACUAUUCAAUCAAUUACGAGAUCAGAACUUUGCUGUUGUGGGUGGAAUGUUGAACAAGAUCGCUAAACGAAUCAAUGAGAAUUAUGAAGAACGUCAUCACGCAAAAACCGUAGCCCAAAUCAGAGAUUUUGUAGGCCGAUUGGGUGAAUUGCAGCAAGAGCAUCAAUCACUACGAAUUCACACAGGGAUUGCUGAAAAGAUUAUGGAACACACUAUGACCGAAGAAUUUAACAAGAUCCUCGAGGUUCAACAAAAUGUGGUUGCUGGUAUUGAUGGAACAAAGGAACCGGACUACAUUGAAGAGAUGAUCGAUCGUCAACGCCCUCUUUUGCAAGUGUUACGUUUGUUGUGCCUAAUGUCACUUGCUCAAGGUGGUCUUAAAGCCAAGCUAUAUGAUCACUUUCAACGUGAGAUUGUACAGACAUACGGUUAUGAACAUAUUGAGACUCUCCACCGACUGGAGAAACUUGGGCUUCUAAGCAAACGGACAACCUCAACACCUUCGCGUAGUCCAUUUGCCCAAACUCGUCGUUUGUUACGUUUGAUUGUGGAUGAUGUGGAUGAAUUCAACCCCAACGAUAUUUCGUACGUCUAUUCCGGGUAUGCACCUUUGAGUGUCCGUCUCAUUCAAUGCGCGAUGCAGCGAUUACACACUUCUUUGUUGUCGUACGUGGGUGGUGGCAGUGCGGCUUCUCUACCAGACAAAUAUAUCCGACCCUCUGGCUCGUCUAGUACUGGCUGGAGAGGCUAUGAAGAUGUUCUCAAACUCGUACCCGGAAAGACAUUUGAACUCAACCAAACAGUGGAAUAUGGUCCUGAGACAAAUGCUGCAAUGGCAAGGGUCAAACGACAUGGAUUGCAGCAUGGAAAGACUACAGUUAUCUUCUUUUUAGGUGGCUGCACUCACACGGAAGUGUCUGCUAUCCGACUCUUGGCCCAACAGGAUGAAGGUCGAGAUUAUUUGGUGGCUACAACUCAAAUGCUUAAUGGCACUUCUUUCUUGGAACCUAUUCUGUCUACCAAACAUGUGUCGGACCAAAAUGCAGGUAUCCAUGGCACCGUAGAAUAAAGUAGCCCACCAAAGAAUAAACCACAGAAAAUACAGUGUUUCUACUUGAUAUUGAGACAAAUUAGAAAAUGUUUUGGACGAAUCAAAAUGUAAUUUCAGACAAAAAGAAAUUAGUUUUCAGACAAAGU